AUGCCUCUCGACGUCGAAUCAAACGAUCGCCUAGGCCUAAGGCUGCCCAAUCCCCCUCCGCUGCUACACACCCGCUCGGGCAACGUUCUGGAUCGCCCCUCCACACCCGCCGAAAAUGGCUUUACCAGUCCCGUCCAGACUCCGCAGGGCAGUCCCAGUAAAAACCGAUUCCCUCCCGGCGCCCUCGAUCUUCCCAAUGUUUUCGACAAGGCCUUGAAGUUGAACCCCACAUCGCCGACCAAGAGCCAAUACAAUCAUUAUGAUCAUCCUAUGUUCGCGCCACCGAAGGGUUCGGUUGAGGACUUCAGUGAGAGCGUGAUUCGUUCUCCCCAAGCCAGUCCGACGCGCAAAUCCAAUAAAGAAAACACACCCCCCAGUCCUACUCGCAUAACGAAAACACUCGGUCCGAAUCCCGCGGCGGCGGCGAUCUCCCGUCAUGAACCGUACCAACCUCGCGACAUGGAAAGCAUCCAGCGACGUCAGGUCCCGAUGCGCGGAUUGACGCCGGAGGAGAUGGAGAAACUGCAAGAUCCUAAAGUCAAACGACUGGUCAAUGUGACUCAACUAUAUUUCCUGGAUCAUUACUUUGACCUCCUCAGUUACGUUCACAACCGCCAGAAUCGCCACAACCAGUUUAGAGCGGCAUACCCCGAACCUCCUUCCACGCCAAUGGAUGAUUACGAACCGGCCCUGUUAAAAUACUUGGGACGAGAGCGCGCUCACCUGCGCAAGCGUCGCACCCGGUUACGCCAACAUGACUUCCAGAUCCUGACCCAAGUGGGCCAGGGUGGUUACGGCCAAGUAUACCUAGCGCAGAAGAAGGACACCCGGGAAGUGUGCGCAUUGAAGGUCAUGAGCAAGAAGCUCUUGUUCAAGUUGGAUGAGAUUCGACACAUUCUCACGGAGCGUGAUAUCCUCACUGCCGCCAAGAGUGAGUGGCUCGUCAAGUUGCUGUACGCAUUCCAGGAUGAUACUCAGAUUUAUCUGGCCAUGGAAUACGUGCCUGGAGGAGAUUUUCGCACUCUUUUGAACAACACUGGAGUUCUUCACAAUCGCCAUGCACGAUAUUACAUUGCCGAAAUGUUCAGUUGCAUCGAUGCCCUGCAUGCCCUGGGCUACAUCCAUCGCGAUCUCAAGCCCGAGAACUUCCUCAUUGACUCGACAGGUCAUGUGAAAUUGACAGACUUUGGGUUGGCGGCUGGCAUGCUGAACCCCGGUAAGAUCGAGUCGAUGCGAGUGAAGUUGGAAGAGGUCGGCAACACACCAGUGCCGUUCGGUCGUCCGAUGGAGCAGCGCACGAUGGCCGAGCGACGGCAGGGAUACCGUACACUACGAGAGCGCCAGGUCAACUAUGCCAAAUCCAUCGUGGGUUCCCCCGACUACAUGGCCCCCGAAGUGCUCAAAGGCGAGGAAUAUGAUUUCACGGUAGAUUAUUGGAGUCUGGGAUGUAUGCUUUUCGAGGCGCUGGCUGGAUACCCGCCCUUUGCAGGAGCCACAGUGGAUGAAACAUGGCAGAAUUUGAAGAACUGGCAGAAGGUCUUGCGCAAACCAGUUUACGAGGAUCCCAAUUACUUCCUGUCACGUCGGACGUGGGACCUAAUCACGAAGCUCGUGGCCUCGAAGGAACGACGAUUCAAGAAUAUCCAGGAAAUCCACGCGCAUGACUAUUUCAGCGAGGUUGACUUUGACCGCCUGCGUGAGCAGCGCGCGCCGUUUGUGCCCGAGCUGGAUUCGGAGACGGAUGCCGGCUACUUUGACGACUUUUCUAGCGAGGCAGACAUGGCCAAGUAUAAGGAGGUUCAUGACAAGCAACGAGCAUUGGAAGAAAUGGCUGAACGUGAUGAUAAGAUGAGCAAGGGACUGUUUGUUGGGUUUACAUUCCGUCAUCGGAAACCGGCCAUGGAUAACUCGGGCCGCAGCUCGCCCCGGAAGCCGAUUCCAACCGACGGAUCCUUCGGCACGAUGUUCUAG